AGGUUUGGGUAAUUCCACUGUGAAGACUCAGCACACCAAUCAGACGACGACAGUGGCCGCAAGGAAGAGUCCGUGUCAUCAGCAGUGGACUGUGAGAAGAACAGAUGCCUCUUCUCCUCCCAUGGUCUCACAUUAAGGCAAACUGUGUCUGACCAGUGAAAGGAUUUCUCAGGAGCCGGAGCAGCGGGAUUAACAUCCUGCCAAAAACCUCACUUCACAUCAUGGUUGUCUCGGAGUCCCAGGACGAUCAACAACCCAUAAGAAGCCCCGGUCAGCAGUCCAGAUCAAAUCCCUCCUCAUCCCAACACUCUGGAAGUCCACAACCAUACAGCUCCAAUGAGAACAUUCCACCGGUCGACACCAGUCUGCAAUACAAGCCUCGGGAGUUAACUGAGAUGGACUACCUGCUCCCCGUUAGACUCUACGGAAGUUCAAGGGUCAGCGAAUCCACGACAGAAAAGGAUGCAGUCGUCACGAGUGCACCUGCGGAGUCGGCGCGCUCCUUGUUGUCGCAGAUCCUGGUGCCGUUUCUUUUGGCCGGGUUCGGGACAGUCGCGGCCGGGAUGCUGCUGGACCAUGUUAAGGACUGGGACGUGUUCCAGGACGUCAAAGAAAUCUUCAUCUUGGUCACUGCUGUCUUAGGCAUGAAGGGGAACCUAGAAAUGACUCUGGCCUCGAGACUCUCCACUGCUGUAAAUGCAGGGAAAAUGGAAUCUGCCAGAGAAAAGUGGAUGAUUAUCGUUGGCAACCUGGCACUCAAGCAGCUGCAGGCCACAGUGCUGGGUCUGCUGGCCUCUGUGAUGGCGACUCUACUGGGCUGGAUGGUGGAAGGGGAGAUGACCUUCAAUCACGUUGUGCUUUUGUGUUCAACCAGUGUUUCCACUGCCUUCAUGGCUUCAAUGCUGCAAGGCAUCAUCAUGGUGGCAGUGAUCCUCGGCUCCAUGCGACUGGGGAUCAACCCUGACAACGUGGCGACACCCAUGGCCGCCAGCUUCGGGGAUCUCAUCACUCUGGCCCUUCUGGCCUUCAGCAGUCGGUGGUUCUACUCUAUCUCAGAGCUGCAGCCCUACGUGCUGUACCUGGUGGAUCUGUUGAUUUUGUGCCUGAUCCCUCUGUGGGUGGUGAUCUCCUCCAAACACCCAGCCAGUCACAUCCUGCUGCGCACAGGCUGGGAACCGAUCAUUACUGCAAUGGCCAUCAGCAGUAUUGGAGGACUUAUUCUGGACAUGUCAAUGUCAAAUCAAAACAUGGCAGGACUUAUAAUUUAUGCUCCAGUCAUAAAUGGUAUUGGAGGGAACCUCGUCUCCAUACAGUCGAGUCGGUUGUCUACUUAUCUGCAUUUGAACUUCCCAGCUGGAGAUCUUCCAGAGGAGCGAAGGGGCUGCUACAACCCAUUUCGCACCUUCUUUGGAUCAGGAGCAAACCAUCGCUCUGCCCGGAUCCUGCUUCUCUUGGUCAUCCCUGGUCAGUUCAUCUUCUUAUACACCAUCAACCUAAUGAAAGGAGACCCCAGGUUACCCGGUGCUGUCCUGACUGUCGCCUUCUUGUCUGCUUCCCUGAUUCAGGUCUUCUCUCUGCUGUGUACAGCCGACUGUAUGGUCCACUGGUUGUGGCGGAGGCGUAAAGACCCCGACAGUUACUCGAUACCCUACCUCACAGCCCUGGGAGACCUUCUCGGGACCUCACUCCUCGCUCUUGCCUUCCUCAUGCUGUGGUGCAUUGAUGACUCAGGCAGUGAGCUCAAAGCAAGAGGAACAACAUUGUAUUGCACCCUGUGCAAUACAACGAAAAAUUGCACAGGGUGGUGAAAUGUUUUUUAAAAAAGGACAGAGAAAGCAAAUAUUGAUUGAUGAAAGACGAUCAUCCAUUUCUUCAUUUCUUUGGCUCAUCAUGUUUGUCCUAAUAAUAUUUUUGCUCUUUCUCGGUUUCUAUAAUUUCACCUCCUGACACUAUGGAAGACACACCCGCUGCUUUUAUCUUUGCACGAUAACAGUAAACCUUCCUGGGAUUUUGGGAAGUUAAUCAAAACGCACAUGUCUGAUUCUGUCACAGCUGUAGCAAGCGAAAGCAAACACAAAGAGCUAAAUGCUGAAAACUUUAACCCAAACACCAUGUUAGCAGUAUUUCACAAAUAACUACAUGAUGAGGUUUCAGCAGUUUCAAUUUAGGGGACGGAUCAGGAUUUGCUAUUUUUAACAUUGCAACAUUUUUUUGAAUCUCUCAAGAACAAAAUGUAGAGAUCUUGAUGUAGAAUGUCAGUCUUUCUUGGAGGACUGAUAUCUAUGAGUGUGUGCAUUUUGGUGCAACUUGAUUGAAUUUAAAGGGACUGUUGGGCCUGGUUGGAGGUGUGUGCUCUACUGAGUACAAACAGAAAAUUCACAAGGGGGCUAGAAACACAGAUGCGCACAACUACACAACUCAAGGCUCAAACUGUUACAUGCACACUUGAAGUCUUUGCACACUAACUCUGUAUUUUUCAUCCAAAAAUUGUUGCACGUUUAAGAGUAAAUACGACCUCAUGUUGCAUCAAGCAUGUUUACACACUGACAUAUAAACUUUUGUCUUUUAAGAUUUUGGAGAAGGUUUGAUUUGCUGCGUUUUUCGCAUUUGUCAAAGGCUCCGAGAGAUUUGUUUUCUUCUUCUUUUUAAUGUUCAGUAUCAGUGCUGGUAGCGUAUCGAACUGGAUCUGACAUCCUGAGAUGGACUUGGAAGCAAUCAGGAUCAUUUUGCAGCUCUUUGAUCCGAGGAUGAAAUUCCUGUCGGCCUCUCAGGAUUGGAUGGACCAAAUGUUUUCCCUUUUUCAAGAAGUCAGAGGACCUCGAAAUCAUCCUCAACCUUGGACAAUAACCAAACGUUCUCUUCAAUUCUGGCUCAACUUGAACCUGACACUUCUCCUCUCUCCUCCUGCCAAUGGAUCUUCUCUUGGGGACCAAUUGCACAUUCCUAAAACAUUCCUGGAACAUCUAUUCAUCCUGUCGCUGCACAUGGAGUGAGGACCGCUUGUGUAAACAAAUUCACUGUGACCUUAAGAAAUAAGUAUACAUGAACAUAUUCAUACAACCACACAAGUAUCUUUGAGACCUAUGAGAGAAAUUGUGAUUAGUGAACACAGAUUUAAUUGAUUGAUUGAUUGAUAUUAGAUAUACAACAGAGGAAGCUGAAAGCACAAUAUAUGCCAAGAACCUAAACAGUCCAUUUGGUUAAUAUAAAACUGUUUUUUAUCUCAGGUUACUUUAUAGUGGGCAUACAUUUCUUUCUGUAAGUGUAGCUGAGCAUCUGCAGAUGGACUCACAGCACAGUCAAACACAUGAGAUGCACAAAUGACUGUGUUUUCUAUUUGCUGGUGAGUCACAUAUAACCUGGAUCGCAAGUUACACAUGUUCUUGAGCCGUUCAGGCCAUCUCAUCCUGUUCCGUCCUUGCAUAUGGAGAAAGGCACUAACAGCUUGCUGGAACCUCACUUCUCGCUCUUGCCUUUGUGGAAGAAAGUACAUUUUGUAGUGGAAAAGUAAAUUUUUAACUCUGUGGUCUGAACCUCUUUAGAUGACUUACCUUUAGAUGACUUAUUAACCGUCUAAUUUUCAGACCCUGUUUUAAGACUGCGCCUAUGCAGAACCAGUCUGAACUGGCUCAGGCAACAGCCUUAGUUCUCUUAUACAGGAUGUUUGCAUUUGACUGUUCUUUAUCGACAUUCUGAGAUCCUUGUGACUCUGUGUUGAUCCUUUCUGCAGAAAGCUCUUAAUAAAAUACACAAUGACAAUUUGGUAAUCCAGCCUCUUGUAUUUUUAGAUUUCCAUCACACCUUCCUCAUGCUGUGGUGCAUUAGUGACCCAGGCAGUGUAUGAGCUCAAAGCAAGACGAUGUCUGAGGAAGAACAAAUACAACGCAAGAUAUCAUGUGGUGGUAAAACAAGAACAGAGAGAGUCGAUAUUGUUCGCUUUCAUCUCUCAGAUCACUGGAGGUCUGGGUUGAGAUUGAGAGGGCUUUUCCUUUGACAGUGUGAAUGCAAAUGUCUCCUGGGCAACAUUUGCAUUCACACUGUCAAAGGAAUGUGUCCCAGAUAGGGUUUAGAAGAAUACAAAAGAUCUUCCAUUAUAAGAGCCUGUAGUGGAAAAAUAACUAAGUGUGGUUGAAACCUAUUUUGUAGUUGAAAAGUAAGUUUUUGCAGACCUGUCUAAAUACUUUUAUGACCUGAACUGUUUAUGAUCUGAACUUUUAUGACCUGAAACCUUUAUGACGGUUUUAUUACUAUCUCCAAAGGAACCAUAUCUAAAUCUGUUCACUGUUAUAUCUAAAUCUGUUCAACCAGUCUGAACUGGCUCAGACAAAGAGCCUUGAUUCUCCUAUAUAAGAUCCCUCCAUCUUCACUCUGAGAUCCCUGUGACUCUCUGUGUUGAUCCUUUCUGCAGAAAGCCCAUAUUAAAAGUCGGCUUCUAACACGU